CCGAGAUUGAUUUCGUUCUUGACUGGAUUUUGGUGAAGUUAAAGCCAGAUCAUGCAUGAAACUCCUAAUAUGUGUAGUAGAUACUGUGAGUUUGAGAAGACUGAAAAAGUCCGACCGCGCAGUAUUUAAGUUGCGCCAAAGUAAUGGCAACUGGCAGUUCGGGUGAUAGCUACUAUUGCCACUCUUGCGAGGCUGAGGUCGUCCCAAACUUGCAGGACUUUACAUGCUCGGCGUGCCACUCAGGUUUCAUUGAAGCAAUCAGCCCAGGUGGUUUAUCAUCGAAUCAAACAGAAUUAGAUGCAAUGCAGAUGAUAGGUCAGCUAUUUGGAGGUUCUCUUAGCGACAAUAUUGUUCGCUAUUUUGCAGCACCUAGGGAUGACCUUAGUUCAACAGAUGAUGAGUCAUUAGAAAGGGAAAAUUUAGCUAGAAGGUCGCGACGAUCGACAAGAAGUUCAAAUAAUAGGUCGACACGAGAACGUGUGUAUACUCGUGUUCCGGAUGGUCGUCAUGCUUUUUCUACUCGCAUCCAGUUAUCAAGUGUAGAUCAUCCAUUCAGAUUGCCAUUCUUAUCAAACUUUGCCUCAUCUGAUGGAGAUGUGCAGAAUUUUGUUUUUAAUAGAGCUAUGCUUGAUCAGUUUAUCACUGUGAUAAUGAAUGAGUUACAAGUGGGUCCACCACCUGCCCCAGAAUCAGCCAUUGCAGACUUACCUACAAAUGUUUUGACUGAAGAACAAGCAUUAAAGUUGGGUAUUUGUUCAAUAUGCUUUGAUGAUUUCAAAGAAUCCGAAUCGGUAAUCAGACUACCAUGUGCUCACACCUACCAUCAAACUUGUGUUACAACAUGGUUAAAACAGUAAAAGAAAAACCUAAUUUUUGAUCUAUUUUGAAUAUGCUGAACUCGGUUGAAUCGACUCUGGUCACAGGUUUGAACUUUGUUGUCUACCUAACAAAUAGUGAGCAACAGAGUGAGACCUUUGACGUCUUACUCGUAUAGUCUAUGGUCUGGUGUGUAAAUAUACACGUGUUUGCUAAUUCUCACUUUCAUGUCAUGCUAAACAUAUAAUUUGUAAUCUAAUCAAUUUAAUUAUAGCCUUUAUUGUGACUCUUUAAUUGAUCCCAUGUAAAUCAUACUGCUUUUUACUUUCGCUAAGUUGACCUUCCAAGUACGUUCUUGUGUAACGCUACUCAUGAAUCUUCACUGAAACUAAAGCGAUUGAACACCUACCUGGCUAUUUAUUAUUGAAUUUAGAGUCUUUAGAUUAUUGGUUCAAAUUUGUUCUCUGCUAUCAGAAUAGUUCAGUGAAAGCCUUGUUUUCCUUCACAUAAUAUGUUCAACUACAUGAAUAUGCUGCCAAGAUUUAUUUUAUAGGAUUAGUGUCGAAUAAGGUCAAUCUGAAUUUCGUUUUCUGUGUUGGUGACAUAUACAGUUUUAACGGGGCAGCCUUAUCUAUCUUGGCAUUUACGUUCUUUAUUCAUUUUGACAUUGAAUCGUAUCUACAUCUAAAUUAUCACUUUUUAUAUAUUUUUUCUCCGAAUUGUAUUUAUAAAAAUACGUGAAUACAAAAUACUGACUUGUCUAUUGAGAAAUAACGAUAGUUGAUUGCCACUUCACUUUCACUUUUCUCAACUUACUGUAUUAAUUCGAAAUGUGACAACUUGAAUCUAAUGUCCUAAAUUCUGUGACAAUAACGAAAGCAAUUCUUUAUGUCCAUUGUACUUGCUUGCAGAUACCUCAACCAUUUAAGUUGAAAAAUUCCUACUGCACCUCAGUUAAUACCCUGAACCUUAAUCAGCGGUCUGAUAAGAUCAGUGAAAUGACCAAUAUGAUUGAACUGAUAACUUACCCGCUCAAUCUACCCUAAUCGAUCAUGACUGGGGAAAUAACUCAAUCGAUUAUGAAGGAAUUAAAACUGUUCGGUUACGAAAUAUGCAACCAAGGUUGCGCAUUCGAGUAAUUACCAAAAAUAAUGACUACUUAUAGGUAAAAAUGUGACGGAAAGACAACCAAUCAUCUCAAAUCAUACCAUUAUUUCUCAAUAAAAUGAUGAAUUCAUGGAAUACAUUUAUCUAACAAAAUUGUUUUUGUUCUCUUGUAAUGUUGAGACUGUAUUUAUAGAAGUUUGUUGCUAAUAACUCUUUAAACUACGGGAUUCGGUUGUGGAUAGAAGAAAAGGAAUACAUGUUACGGGUGAUUGUUUAUUUCACAAAUAUACUCACGGACCAAUGAACUACAAUCAAGGCCUUAACGCUUACUGGUCCCGAAACCCUUCAUAUUCCGGUAGCCAAUCAAUGUAUGCAGAUUAAUCCUCUGUUGUACUUAGUUCAGUUGAUAACUCAAAAGUCAUACUACAAUAUAUACUUGAAAUGACUGACGUCACAGCACACCAAAUAAGAAAGUAUACUUAAGACACAAUCAUACCAUAAAUGGCAGCGGGUGGACCGGAUAGUGUAAAGUUAAUCAGGAAUAACUAAGGUAUAGUAGGACGUUUAGCAACAGUUAAUAGGUCCACUAAAGGCAUAGAAUGAGGGGAAUAUAGAAAUGCAGCAAUAAAUUUAUCUGCCGAUUAUAAAGCAAAUUGUAGAUAAUAAUCAUAACCCGACAGUUCCAACCUCUUCAAUAUUUUCUCGUUAUAACAAGAUAAAUUUGAUAGUCAAGAGUAGCCUCAUGACAUCAUUGGAUAUAUCAUCUGUAUUGAUUAAUACUUCUUCACUACAAACACUCGAUUUUAUUUUCAGUGAACUUAUAAAGAGAUGUAUAGAUACUGUAAUUUUUGUUUUUGUAAUAAAACAGUUGAUACACAGGUUCAUGAUAAAUGCCAACUUCUAAUCCAACAAUGAGUACGUACUAAUGACAGUUAGAUCAUGCAGUCGUGUGAUCAAUAAUAGAUCUUCUUUCCGUCCUUUAUUAUUGUAAAGCUGGAGAAUAGACCGCUCAAAAACUUAAGCAAUCAACUAGAAUUUUCCUGUUCCUCAUAUAAAUAACAAUAACUAUUAUUAAUCACUUUAUUCGAUAUUAUAUUUUUGAUACAAUAUAGAAUUCUCAGCACAAAGUAUUUCGACAAGUUUCCUUUCCUUAUUUCUUCAUCUAUCCUAACGAUGAAUAUUGAGUUAUCACCAGUUAGAUAAUGUUAGCAGUUCAGGAAUCGAA